UUCUUGCCAGCCGCCACCAUGCCCAAUUCAACGGAGGUUGAUAUACGAGAACGCAUAUACUGGGCAACUUCUGUUUUAGCGUUUAUCGACAACCGAGGUCCACAAACGUCACCAAUGCAUGCCUUCACUUCUUCUAUUGGAUCUCAUACAGACACAUCCGACUCUCGAGUAGAGGCCUUGAACAACUUCUGCAUUCUUCUCUCUCGAGGAACCGAGAAAGAAUCCCACCAUUCCGUCCUGGUGGGUCCAAGGCUCGCCCAGUCUUUUUCAAUAGUAGUUGUGGUAAGCCGGACUCAUGACCCUACCGCUCAAACCAGGCCAGCGGCUCAAAAUUACGAGCAGCAUAUUCGAGUUGACAAGCGAAUCAUUUCACCUGCUGAAUGCGCCACUAUUGAUGAUAUACUGAAGAUAGAUCCCACUAUUGUGGAUUUUCACCACUACGUCCAAAUGGCGAUCAGAGCUCUCAAAUGGGGUGCUGAGAACCAAUCUCUGCAAGAUCAAGUCUCCCUCUUCUUCCUCUCACACUGCUUUCCCAAGAUCAAAAGACGGUUCACCUUCGUAGACCGAGCCUACUUUCACGACAACUCUCUCGCUGAAUGGAAAUAUCAAGAUGGCGACGAACCAUUCGCGGACUCGAAAAUACAUAUUGGUCAUCCCGAACUCCAGCAACUUUUGCGAAACCUUCAGAUACCGCAAGACGUUAAAAACCGCUUCGACUUCACUGAAGAGUUGUCCACGAAAUGGUUCCAAGCUAUUCUGACCCUUUUCAAGGUCUAUCGGACGGGGUUCGACGACGUCAGGCCUAAUAUUUCAUCCAUUCUUUGUGCUUCCACAAUGUCAUCUUUGUUGCUUCGCAAGAUACCGGAGAUCUUUUGGAGACUCGAAAGCCUGAACCAAGCUUUAGGCAACUCGCGGUUGAACGCCGAACAGAGAUGGUACACUGAGAACAAGAGAGAUAUUCCUGACUCUCCGAUAGAGAUGUCUGUUGACCCGAUCGAUAACCUUCAAUUUGUUCAAGGGCAUGGACCAGCGGACACGUCGUCGGAGCAGGAUAGCACAUUGAGUCCGGAGGACGAAGACGAGAUAAAAGAAUGGGAAUCUUUAUUACUGAACAGUGAACUUGGUAUACAUACAUACGCUGCUCCUAUGAUCAACCGCACACCACUAAACAGACUUACAGUGGAAAAACUCGAAAAGCAAAGUAUCCCCUAUCAAAGCCAACUGUUCGUCGCUUCUAUUGAAUCCGUCAACUCUUGGACGAGGGCUGUUGCAAGUAUAUGUCGCAGAAGAUACCUCUGCCAAGCCCGAAUACACCUUGACGUCAAGAUCUUUGAGAUACCAGGAAUGCCCCUACGUGACCCCACACCCUCAGAAGUUGAAGCUCUUCGAAGGAGAUGGACACAACAGCUGACUGUUGGACAGCUGUCGAACUUUCAAACAAUUCUGGCGACAACACGCGGUUCAAAAACGCCCAGGCCGGGCUGCCAUAGUGAAGCGGUUAUUAUGGCCGUCUUCCUAUGCAAAGAAGCGGCUGACGAGUUAGAUAAACUUCCUCCAAAGGUCCGCGAAGCAUUUCGAGAUAUCAUAGAGUUGAAUCAGCACUACAAUUAUGGUGAACAGGACUACAUACCGAUCGGGGUGUCAACACCAAUAUGUGCAACGUGUCGCCUCUUCGAACGUUCACUUUUCUGGAACGCCCAUAUGACGUUUGGUUGCGCAUCCCGUACCGGAAAAUGUGCACCGUGGAUUCCACCCUCUUGGACGCCAAAACAGAACUUGAUUGAGUUGGAGUCUGCUUUACUAGAAAAAUUAAUGGAUAAACUGCCGCAUACGAGCUGGUAGUAGCUUUGGGUUUACUGGCAUAAUUAACGGGACAAGCAUCUCUUCAUAAUGUAACAUCUAUCCCA